AUGUUUCAGGCCGAUGACCCGAGUGAUAUGAAAGUCGAGGUGAAAAAGGAAGUAGAAGAGACGUAUACGAGCGAUGAUCAGCUGUCUAAGGUGGAAGUUGGAAUGGCGGUGGAAUUAAAAGAGGAGGAAUCUUCUCUAGAUAAUGACUCCGAUGCCGGGUCGUAUUCGAUGUUCCCUCCUCUCUAUAAUGACUUCGUACAAAGUUCUUCAGCCGUAAAGCGCGUCACUCAAAAUUCACAUCCCGGACUUUACCAGCAAAACAGAACUGCAAAUUCCCUCAAUCCCCGAGAUUCUGUGGAUGAGCCUUAUUCUCUUCCCCAAAAAAUCCCUCCAAGACUUCUCGGCACCGAUGGACCCUGUGACCGAUCUCCUGUCCAGGGAUCUUCUAAUAACUGGGAUUCGGUUACACAAAGAGCGGAGAAGACGUUCCCAUUGUACGAGGCCGAUAAGUUUUUCCUAUCAAACCCCUCUCUCGCCUUCGAUGAAAGGAGACACAGGCUGGAGCUUCCAUUUCCUUGUUCAGAGUGCGGGAAAUGUUUCACUCAGAUGGGAGAACUCCUUAGACAUCUGACAAGUCACACCGCAGAGCGUCCUUAUUCCUAUUCGAAUGGUGAUAGAUCUUUUUUCGGGAAAUCCGACUUUCUUACCUUCGAUAGAGUACAAAUAGGCCAGCCUCCGUUUUCAUAUUCGCAGUGCUUGAAGAAUAUUGCCCAGAAAAGAGACCUUCUUACCCUCCAAGGAACUCACGCGGACGAUUGUCUUUUUCCGUGUGCAGAGUGCGGCAAAGGUUUUGCUCAGAAAGGAGCGCUUACGGCGCACCAGAGAAGGCACACCGGCGAGCGUCCGUUUCCCUGUACGGAGUGCGGUAAAUGUUUUGUAGAGAAAGGCCACCUGCUGAGACACCAGAAAAGACACUCGGCUGAUCGUCCAUUUUCCUGCCCAGAGUGCGGGAAGUGUUUCUUUCAGAAAGAUGAACUCGCUACACACCAGAGAAGUCACACUGGAGAGCGACCUUUUUCCUGUCUAGAGUGUGGGAAAUGUUUCACUCAGAGAGGAGUACUUAUUGCACACCAGAGAAGUCAUGUGGGGUCACGUCCUUAUUGCUGUUCAGAGUGCGGGAGAGGUUUUACCGUGAAAGGGCAUCUGGUUACACAUCAGAGAAUCCACACGGGGGAACCACGCAGGCGCCCGUUUCCCUGCACGGAGUGCGGUAAAGGUUUCUCUCAGAAAGCAGACCUUCUUGGGCACCAGAGAACCCACACUGGCGAGCGUCCCUUUUCCUGUUCGGAGUGCGGGAAGAGUUUCACUUGUAAAAAGGUCCUGAUUGCACACCAGAGAACCCACACGGGUGAAUGUCCUUUUCCGUGUUCGGAGUGCGGGAAGAGUUUCACUUGUAAAAAGGUCCAGAUUGCACACCAGAGGAGUCACACAGGCGAACGUCCUUUUUCGUGUCCCGAGUGCUGGAAAUGUUUCAUAUGGAAGGGGGACCUCCUCAGGCACCAGAGGUGUCACAUGGGCGAGCGUCCUUAUCCUUGUCCAGAGUGCGGGAAAAGUUUUGCCCAGAAAGGGGAACUUCUUGCCCAUCAAAGAAUUCACACUGGUGAGCGCCCUUAUCCAUGUUCCGAAUGCGGGAAAUGUUUCACUCAGAAAUGGAUACUUAUCGCACACCAGAGGAGUCACGUAGGCGAGCGUCCUUUUUCUUGUCCAGACUGUGGGAAGUCUUUCACCCAGAAAGGAGGACUUGUUAGACACCAAAGAAUCCACACGGGAGAGCGGCCAUUUUGCUGUUCAGAGUGUGGCAAGUCUUUCUUUCAAAAAGGAGAGCUUCUCACACAUCAAAGAAUUCACACAGGCGAGCGCCCUUUUUUCUGUUCAGAUUGUGGGAAAUGUUUCACCCAGAAAGGGGUACUUAAUGCACAUCGGAGAAGCCACAUGGGAGAACGACCUUUUUCCUGUUCAGAGUGCGGGAAAAGUUUUACUCAGAAGGGACACCUUGUUUCCCACCAGAGAAGUCACACAGGGGAACGUCCUUUUUCAUGUAGUGAGUGUGGAAAAUGUUUCUCACGGAAAGGCUUCACUCACAAAGGAGUACUUAUUGCGCACCAGAGAUGUCACACUGGGGAGCGUCCUUUUUCCUGCACAGAAUGCGGAAAAUGUUUAACACAAAAUCGACAUCUUCUUUCGCACCAGAAAAGUCACACAGGAGAGCGUCCCUUUUCCUGUUCAGAGUGCGGGAAGCGUUUCUCUCAGAAAACAGACCUUCUUAGACACCAGAGAACCCACACUGGCGAGCGUCCCUUUUCGUGUUCGGAGUGCGGGAAGAGUUUCACUUGUAAAAAGGUCCAGAUUGCACACCAGAGGAGUCACACAGGCGAACGUCCUUUUUCGUGUCCCGAGUGCUGGAAAUGUUUCAUACGGAAGGGUGACCUCCUCAGGCACCAGAGGUGUCACACGGGCGAGCGUCCUUAUCCGUGUCCAGAGUGUAGGAAAUGUUUUGCCCAGAAAGGGGAACUUCUUGCCCAUCAAAGAACUCACACGGGUGAGCGCCCUUAUUCAUGUUCCGAAUGCGGGAAAUGUUUCACUCAGAAAGGGAUACUUAUCGCACACCAGAGGAGUCACGUAGGCGAGCGUCCUUUUUCUUGUCCAGACUGUGGGAAGUCUUUCACCCAGAAAGGAGGACUUGUUAGACACCAAAGAAUCCACACGGGAGAGCGGCCAUUUUGCUGUUCAGAGUGUGGCAAGUCUUUCUUUCAAAAAGGAGAGCUUCUCACACAUCAAAGAAUUCACACAGGCGAGCGCCCUUUUUCCUGUUCAGAAUGUGGGAAAUGUUUCACCCAGAAAGGGGUACUUAUUGCACACCGGAGAAGCCACAUGGGAGAACGACCUUUUUCGUGUUCUGAGUGCGGGAAAUGUUUUACUCAGAAGGGACACCUCCUUUCCCACCAGAGAAGUCACACAGGGGAACGUCCUUUUUCAUGUAGUGAGUGUGGAAAAUGUUUCUCACGGAAAGGGUAUCUCCUAAAACACCAGAUAACUCACAUGACCGAGCAUCCUAUUAUAUGUUCGGAGAGUGGUAAAUAUUUAUUUCCGGAAGGAGAACUUCUCGCGCAGCAGAACAAAGACACCAAGGAGCGUCCUUUUUCCUGUCCAGAGUGUGGGAAAAGCUUCACUCACAAAGGAGUACUUAUUGCGCACCAGAGAUGUCACACAGGGGAGCGCCCUUUCUCCUGCACAGAAUGCGGGAAAUGUUUCACACAAAAAGGACAUCUUCUUUCGCACCAGAAAAGUCACACAGGAGAGCGUCCCUUUUCCUGUUCAGAGUGCGGGAAGUGCUUCAUACGGAAAGAAGCUCUUUUCAGACACCAGAGAAGCCACACGGGCGAGCGCCCUUUCUCCUGCCCGGAAUGUGGAAAAAGCUUCAUACGGAAAGCGCACCUCAUCGCACACCAGAGGAGCCACACAGGCGAGCGGCCUUAUUCCUGUACAGAAUGCGGCAAGCGUUUCCUGGAGAAAAGAAAGCUUCUCAUGCACGCGAGAAUCCACACGGGUGAGCAUCCUUUUUCGUGUCACGAGUGCGGGAAACGCUUUAUGUUGAAGUCGCACCUGAUUACGCAUCGGAGGAACCCAUGCCAGCUGACACCUGCCUCGAAUGUAUGCGGAACGUUGUCCCCUCAGGGACCUGAUAUUGACUUGGGGCGGAGUUGUUAUUCACCCCCUUACCUGCAGUAUUCACCCCGCUUACCUGCAGUAUUCCCCCUCCUUACCUCCAGCAUUCACCCCCUUACCUGCAGCAUUCCCCUCCUUACCUGCAGCAUUCCCCUCCUUACCUCCAGCAUUCACUCCCUUACCUCCAGCAUUCACCUCCUUACCUGCAGCAUUCACCCCCUUACCUCCAGCAUUCCGCUCCUUACCUCCAGCAUUCACUCCCUUACCUCCAGCAUUCACCUCCUUACCUCCAGCAUUCACCCCCUUACCUCCAGCAAUCACCUCCUUACCUCCAGCAUUCACCCCUUACUGGCAGUAUUCACCUCCUUACCUCCAGCAUUCACCCCCUUACCUCCAGCAAUCACCUCCUUACCUCCAGCAUUCACCCCUUACUGGCAGUAUUCACCUCCUUACCUCCAGCAUUCACCCCCUUACCUGCAGUAUUCACCUCCUUACCUCCAGCAUUCACCCCCUUACCGGCAGUAUUCACCUCCUUACCUCCAGCAUUCACCCCCUUACCUGCAGUAUUCACUCCCUUACCUCCAGCAUUCACCCCCUUACCUGCAGUAUUCACCUCUUUUCCAGCCCUGUUCCCAGUAUUUCCUUUCCGCCAUUAGGUACCCUCAAUCUCUCAGGACAAAAAGGUCCUUCAAUGUUCCAACAUUCUUCUCUUCACAUUUCUGGUUGGACUUUUCCAUCGAUGAUGCGGUGCUGGACGAGUCUUGA